AUGGCCGAGCUGGGCCCAGAGCCGGGACGCGCCUGGCGGGUGCUAGCCCUGUGCGGGGCUGCGGUGUUCCUGGCGGCCGCGGCAGCCGGCGGGGCCCUGCUGGCCUGGAACCUGGCCUCCUCGGCCUCCCGGGGACCUCGCUGCCCGGAGGCAGGUGCCAACGCCACGGCGCCCCCCAGGGACCCGGCGCCAGAGGUCGAGGAGCUGCGGCGCCAGCUGGCAGAGGCUACCCAACGCCAGGAGGCCCUGGCCAGACAGCUGAACCAGGCCAACCGUGUCCGUCGGGAGCUGGAGGAGGCACUAAGGGCCUGUGAGGGCCGCCAGAGUCGGCUUCAGACCCAACUGAUGACCCUGAAGACUGAGAUCGAGGAGGCGAAGGCACAGGGGACCCAGAUGGGGGCUGAGAACGGGGCGCUCACAGAAGCGCUGGCGCGCUGGGAGGCGGCGGCCACGGAGUCUGCGCGGCGGCUGGACGAGGCACAGCAGCGCGCACGCGCGGCCGAGGCCGAGGGCGAAGCUUGCGCGGCCCGGGAGGCGGCGCUGCGCGAACGCGCUAAAGCCCUGGAAGCCGAGAUGGGCCCCCAGCGCAGAGUGCCGCACCCCCGAUCCCGCUCCGGGUCCCGACCGCGACCCAGCCCCCGCUCACGUUCUCGCCCAAGAACUUCGGGGGGCUGCCGGCGGCCGGCGCGGCGCGCUCGAGGGUGAGUCGGCCCCUAGCAGGAUGAGGGCCCGAGGCCAGGAGGGCACACAAUGUGGCGGCCCUGCUGGGACCCAUAUAGAGGUGUCCACGCUGGAUGAGAUGCCCAGUCGACAGCCAUCAACGCUCAGCUUUGGACCCAGGAGCCACUCUGAACGGAAUCUACAGAAAGGAGACUCGACUCUCUCUCCCCAACCAACUAAUGCUUUUUUUACAGAUGGGGAAACUGAGGCCCAUUCGAUGACCCAAUGAGAUAGUGCUGAUUUGGGACUUCAGUGCCUUCUGAUGACAGUGUUGCUUCAUCCCACAGGCAUGAAGAGUUAGGGUCCAGCCCUGGCUCAGGAGUGACCUGGAAGGGUCACUUCUCCUCUCUGGGCCUCAGUUUACCUUGUCUGUGUAUCGAGUGAUUAGAAUCAUGUUUGGCGAACCAGCCUAUCCCUGACAACACAGACCGACCAAGAUGGCACAAUGGGAAAACUACAGACCCCUCUAGCUAUGAGGAGGGUACAGAAGUCCCAAAUGGAAUUUUAGCAAAAGAGAAUUAAGUACCACAUUUUUAAAAUACAUCACAACGAAGGGGCCUUAUACCUGAGACGCAGGGAUGGCUCAAUAUUCAGAAGUCUGCUAAAAAGAUUUACCAUGGUGAUGGAUCAAACGAGAAAAGUUCUGAAAAGGCCUCAAAAUGAGGGCGAACGUGAGGAUGACCACUGUGGAGUAUUUAAUAUUGUUCUGGAGGUACUAGCCAACGCACUUAGAGAAGAAAAAGAAAGAAGAGGUAUGGAUAGAAGAGUGGUAGGGAAAUUACAGUUUGGAUCGUAGGUAAGCCCUGUUUACAUAGGUCAAAAAUAAUAGAAAUACCAACAAUUCCAUAUGGCUCAAUUUCACAUUAAUUUUGUCUUUUACCUUAUAUUCGACAUACCUUCAGACUUACAGAAAAACUGGAGGAUUAGUACAAAGAAUUCCUGGAUAUUCUUUAUCCAGAUUCCACAAACAUUAGUUGCCACCUUUGCUUUAUUCUUCUUCCUCUCUCUGAACCUCUUCUGAAAAACACACAGAAAUGAUGUCUCAUUACCCAUAACAGUUGAGUAUGCAUUUCCUAAAAACAAGGACAUUCUCCCACAUAAUCACAGUACAAUGAUGAACAUCAGGAAAUGGACAUUGAUAAAACACUAUUAUCUAAUCUACAGACUUUAAUCAGACUUUGCCAACUGUUCUCAUAAUGUCCUUUAUAACAAAAGAAUAUCCUGGCUCACACGUUGUAUUUGUCAGGUCUUCUAGCUCUUUUAAUCUGGAACAUUUCUCAGUAUGUCUUUGCCUUUUAUGACGUCGGCGUUUUUUAAAGGCCCGAGGCAGUCAUUUUCUGGUGUCCUAAUUUGGGCUUCUGUGACGUUUCUGUAAGAUUAGUUUCAGGUUGGCAUUUCAGGCAGGAAAGCCUUGGAAGCAACUUAACAUAAUUUUACCUGCUGGCAGUGUGGUUUUAUAUAGAGAAAACCCAAGAGAACUAACUGAAACUUUCUUAGAUCUAUUUCAUAUAGUUAUUUAUCUCCAGGAAUAAACUAAUUUCCUUCUUGUGUAAAGAGCUCUUAUCAAUUAAUUUUUCAAAAAACAGCUCAGUAGAAAAAUGGGCAAAGAAUACAGACAGUCAUUUCAUAGAAAUAUGCAAAAAAAAAAAAAAAAAGCGACCAACCUCUUUCCUAGAAAAGAAUUGCAAAUUGAAAUGACAAGGUGGUACCACUUUCUACCCAUUAGUCUGGCAAAAAUGAAAACGAGCAAAUCGCAAAGUACCAUGUGCUGGCACUGCUGUGGAGAAGCAAGUAAUCCCACGUGGUGCUAGGGAGAGAGCCCGGUGGUACAACCACUUGGAAGGGCAAUCUUCUAGAACCUUUCAAAAGUAAAAGUGUAUACAUCCUUUGACCCAUCAAUUCCCCUUCUAGAAAUUUUUCUACAACCCUAUUUACAUGGGUACAAAAUUAUGGACCAGGGGCACCUGGCUGGCUCGGUCUGUAGACCACACUCCUGAUCUACAGGUCAUGAGUUCAAGCCCCAGGUUGGGUGCAGAGCCUACUUAUAAAUAAAUAAAUAAAUAAAUAAAUAAAUAAAUAAAUAAAUUAGAUUGAUGGACAAAAUACAAUGCAGAACCCUGGGUUGGAUCCUGGCACAGAAAAACACUUAGUGAGAAGGUCAAAUAAAGUCUUGAGUAUAAUCAUUUUAAUGCACUAGAGUUAAUUUCUUAGUUUGGACAAAUAAAAUUUGGAUGCCAUGGUGUCAAAGAACUUGGCCAUGGAAGAAGUUCAGUGACGGCUGUUCAGGGGCUCUGUACUAUCUCUGCAACUGUUCUGUAAAUCUAAAAUUAUUCCAAAAGAAAAGGUUUACUUUUUAAAAAGAGACUAAGGGGGCGGGGGGGGGACGAGGACAUUUCUUGUCACAUUCUUGGUCAUUGUUAAAAAUUGGAAACAACCUCAAUGUCUUCCGGCUGGUGACUGUUAUAAAUGAGUGUCCAUCCAUCCAUAGAGUGGAAUACUAUGCACUCUUUAAGGUGACAAAGCAAAUCUCCUCCGAGAUACAUUAAUGUAAAAAGCAGGAGAGUGAUAAUUGGUGUGCAUUUUUCAAAAUGCAGGGACGAAGAGAAUUUUACCCAAAUAACUCUGAAGGAAACACUGGUCACCGACUUUGGGGCAGGUAGUACCUGCUGAGAGUUA